AUGUCGCGAUUCAUGGGAGGUCUCAACCGCGAAAUCCAAGACCGUCUAGAAACCCAGCACUAUGUGGAAAUUGAGGAGAUGCUUCACAAAGCAGUCAUGUUCGAACAGCAAAUCAAGAGGAAGAACUCUCGAUCCAGCUACAGCACCACUAAGACCAGCUACAGCUCAGGUAAGUCAAGUUAUCAAAAGGAGGACAAGCCCGGCUACCAGAAGGACUACAAGCCAUUCGUCAAACCAAAGCCGAUUGAGUCAGACCCGAAAGGUAAGGGUAAGGAGGUGAUCACGAGGACAAGGGAUAUUCGUUGCUUUAAAUGUCAAGGACUUGGGCAUUACGCAAGCGAAUGUGUCAACAAAAGGAUCAUGGUUCUUAAGGAUAAUGGCGAGGUAGAAUCUGAAGAAGAGCGUUCGGAAAACGACUCUGUGGAAGAGGGUUUGCAAGCCCCAGCUAAAGGAGAGCUGCUUGUUGCUAGGAGGUCGUUGAGUGUUCUAACCAAAUCAGAGGAGCAAGCACAAAGGGAAAACUUGUUCCACACGCGAUGUAUUGUCAAAGACAAGGUAUGUAGUUUGAUUGUUGAUGGUGGUAGUUGUACUAACGUUGCAAGCAGGACUAUGGUGGAAAAGCUUGGUUUAGAAGUUCUCAAACAUCCAAAACCAUAUGCGCUUCAAUGGCUCAACGAAAAAGGACGAGAUCAUGUGUGA